CCUUUAAAACAAGCCAGUGAGAAAGCUCUGACCACACAGGCGCGUUCAGACCGAGAGUUAUUCUGACAAUGAACGUCUUCCACUGCGGCGCGCUGAUCCUGUGCUGGACUCCACUCUGCGUGGCCCUGCACGUCUCACACGGCCACCAGCUCAUCCAGGACCCCACCCUGACAGAGACGGGAGGUGCUUUGGAGAAUCAAAAUGCACCACGCACCUCCUCAGCCUCCACAGGGUCCAGCCACACCCCUCUCCACCCUGCACCCUGCUUUGUGGACGACAUGCUCGACUCCCUCCGCGAAGGUCUGGGGAGCGACAGCCAGCUCACUAACGGCAGUUUGCCUCCGUUUGGAAUCUGUGCAUCGACUGAUCCUUUGUCCAGAUCACUCUUGGUGGAACUCGCUCAGGAAACGAGCGGGAGCAAUCGGCUGAAGUUUGCCCACCCCACUGAAGUUCUGGCGACGGAGGAAGGCAAGAGCGGCGUGAUCAGGUUGACCUUUGAACCCCCGCGGCCUCCUCUGCCCGAGCUCCAACCCGUGCUGCUCUUAGCGUUUGAAAGUCCAGUGAAAGCAGGAACCCUGGACGUCACCUUUACGAGCCAGUGGCUGCAGCCUGACGCACAGUCUGUGUGCUUUUCAGAAGAGACCCAGUACAUACUACUGCCAGGAAAUGCAUCCCAGAUCAACAUCCAGCAGAAAUGGACACUUUCUGCUGAGACACGGUCCCAUCAUAUGAAGCAAAGCCUCAAAGACAUCCUGAUUGGUGGAAACUCAGACAGUAACCCCAGCAUGGCUUCACUUCUGCUUUAUUUGGGGGAAAGGGGAACCAAUACGAGAAACACACAGGUUUCAGACUCAUCCCCGGCCUCCUCACAGACCUUCUCCUUCCUCUGCGAGCUGAAGCGCUUGCUGGGUGAUCUCCUGCCUCAGAGCCAGCCCGCGUCCCCUGCGCUGCAGCUGGAAACCAUACACUCGCAGCCUCCUGUGAAGAUCAGCACAUCCUCCAACGAGACCCUGCUGGCGGGCCUGAUCAGCUCCACGGCCCUCACCGUCUUCUCUUACUCGGGCUGGCGCCCCGCGUUCCCACAGCUGCACCACGGGGAGUUGUCCCUGUCUGCUGCGCUGCUGGAGGAGCUGGCGCAGAGGCUGCAGCACACUGUGGCACAGAUACAGACUCUAAUACGGGAGGAGGACAUAGAUGACAGGGCCCCAGCGAGGCUGAGGAGGCUUAAAGAGCUCAGUGCAUUUCCACAGCAGAAACCAGUACCAGGAGAGAGGCAGUACCGGGCGUUUCUCAUGGUGAAGGCGCUGCAGAGCGUGGCCCGCACGUACGAGCUGCAGAGAGCCCUGCGGGCCACCAGAGCCGACCCCAGCGGUCCGGGGGGCAGCUGCGGGCUCAGGAACCUCAGCGUGUCCCUCAGCAUGCACUUCGCCAGUCCGACCACCGCCAACAUCAAGAACUGUCAGGGCCACUGCACGCCCCCGUCGUCGCUGACCAACAAUCACGCUCAUCUGCUCUACGUCCACAUCGAAAACGGGGGCGUGGGCGAGCGGGCGCUGUGCUGUGUGCCCGUGGCCUACGAUGAGCUGCAGGUGGUGGAGAUCAGCGAUGGGGCUUACAUGCACAUUAAAAAAGACAUGGUGGCCAAGGAGUGUGGAUGCCGCUAAAGCUAUUGUCCAAUGUCAAUUCAUACACGUAUUUUACUUUCCUUUUGUUAAAGGUCAUUGAUUGUAGCCUGUAUUUUAUGUAUUACAGCACUAUUACACUGGUAGAAAAUGCUGAUAUUAAUUCUCACUAUGUAUUUACUUACCCGUUAGAACUUAGAUGCACAAAACACAUCUUAGUAAUAGUGUAUUAUUUUUUUUACAUUGUUUGUCAUGUAAAUGUCCUGCCAGUUAGUUUGAAUGGUAAACACAAAAUCUGAUUAAAUUUCUUCAAUGUUUUGAAAUUA